AUGAGCGCGCUCGCAGAUGAACUUCUUGCCGACCUUGAGGGACUCUCUGAGGGAGAGGGAGAGGAAGAGGAAGAGGAGGUUGAGGCGAAGCCGGGAUCCUCCACUGGCGUCAAACGCAAAGCGCGGGAGGACGAGGAGAUGUCUGACGGUGACGGUGACGGUGAGGCGGAAAGUGAGGGUGAGGGUGACCAAGGAGAUAAAACGGUCGGCUCCUUGGUUCUUGAGGGAGGUAUCAAACCUUCGGAGGAGUUGGACGCGGAGGAAGUACAGCGUAUGGAUCUCGGAGGUGUGGAGGAUGUGCGGAAAGUGGCCAAACUGGAUGGGAGCAAGCGGAUGAACGACACACUGAAGGAAAUCGAAAAAUACCAAGCAAACCCCAGCACAGCAGAACAGAUGUCUAUGCCCGCUCAUUCCAAUCCCGAGUACACUCUCAUCGUUCAGGCCAACAACUUAUCCGUGGAUGUAGACAACGAGAUUUUAGUUGUGCAUAAGUUCAUUCGUGAUCACUACGCCCCCAAAUUUCCCGAACUAGAUCAAUUGGUUGUCGAUCCAGCCAUGUACAUUCGCUCUGUCCGGGCAUUAGCCAAUCACGAGGAUCCAACGAAAGUUGAUUUGGCAGGAAUUUUACCCCCAGCAAUUAUCAUGAGCGUUCUAGUUACUGCCACUACCACAUCCGGUCAACCUCUCUCAGACGCGGAAUGGAAGACAGUCCAGCACGCUUGUGACCUAGCUGAUCGUUUGGAGGAAGCGCGGAAAAAGAUCUUCAUGUACGUUAGCUCACGUAUGAAUGUCCUUGCUCCCAAUCUAUCCGCUAUUGUUGGUACAACUACAGCUGCCAAGCUCCUUGGAGUCGCAGGAGGACUCAAUGGUAUAGCCAAGAUGCCGGCAUGUAACGUCUACCUACUGGGUGCGCAAAGAAAAAUAGCGGCCGGCUUCUCAUCCGUCACUCAGCGUCGCCACUCUGGCUUUGUCUUCCAGUCUGAACUUAUCCAACAAACUCCACCUGAGUACCGACUUAAAGUUCAGCGAACCGUGGGCGCCAAAUGCACCCUCGCAGCUAGAAUGGAUCUGGAGAGGAAUCGGAGAGAUGGGUCCUAUGGCGAGGAGCUUCGAGAGAAGAUAGAGAAGCACAUUGACCGUCUCGCCGCUCCGCCACCGAGCAAAAUCGUUAAGGCAUUACCGAUCCCAAACGACGGACCGAAGAAACGUCGUGGUGGGAAACGUGCGAGGAAGGCCAAGGAAGCGUAUGCGCAGACGGAGCUUCGAAAGCUUCAGAACCGCAUGGCAUUCGGUGAGGCGGAGGAAGAGAUAGGUGCAUUUGACCAAACGAAGGGACUCGGCAUGAUAGGUAGCGGGAAGGUCAGGGCUGGAGCGGGUGAGGCGAAGAGUCGUGCCAAAAUGUCGAAGGCGAACAAGCUCCGCACGGCUGCACUGACGAGAGCUGCUCAAGCCGGUGGUACGCAGACGUCCGGCACAGCAACGUCACUGACUGUCACACCUGUGCAAGGAUUCGAACUGACCAAUCGUGCUGCUGCUGCUCAGCGAGUGAAGGAGGCAAAUGAGCGCUGGUUUGCGGGUGGUACUUUCUCGUUUGUUGGUCAGAAGGGUACAUAG